AACAUUAACAGAUCAUAAUGAUAAUUAUUUCAUAUUCAAUUUUGUUUAUUUUCAUUCCAAUUGUGUUAACUUCAAACUCGUGUAAACAGCAUAAAACUUGCAAUGAAUGCAUUAGAGACACCAGCGUAUGUUCGUGGUGUUCUAUGGACAAUUUCAAUGGCACUAACAGGUGCACGUCGGGAAGAGAUAAUCUCGAUAGUUGGUGCUCAGCUGAACAUAUAAUAAGCCCACAACAUAAAAUCUCUAUAUCAGAAGAUCUUAAUUUCAAUUCUGAAAUCGGUAAAGUUAUACAAAUAAAACCGCAGAAAAUCGAUAUUGAUAUAAGACCUGGCGAAACGGUUAAUUUUUCAUUUUCAUUUAAAAAAGCCGAUAACUAUCCUGUCGAUCUAUAUUUCCUGUUUGAUGGAUCUUCUUCCAUGGAAGAAAUUAAGAAUAAAACUGCCAGUAAAAGUGAAGAUAUAUACCGAAUGAUGCAGAAUAUGACCAACAAUGUAUUUUUAGGAAUGGGAACUUUUGUAGAUAAAAACGCGCUUCCAUACACACAAUACAAAAAUAGUACACUGACUUACUCGUUUCGUAAUAGACUAAAAUUGACAGACAAUUUCGAGAUUUUUAAGAAUAUAGUAAAGGGCUCCACUUUUGGAUCAAACUAUGAUGUACAAGAAGGAACUCUAGAUGCCCUUGCGCAAGUUAUAGUUUGUAAAGGUGAAAUAGGAUGGAGAAACGAAUCAAGAAAGAUAAUUAUAAUUUUAACUGAUCAAUCUUAUCACGCAGCCGGUGAUGGUAAAUGGGCAGGUAUCUUUCAACCAUACGAUGGUAAAUGUUACACAGUAAAUGGUAUUUACACAAAGGAAUUAGAAAUGGACUAUCCUUCUGUUGGUAUCAUAAAUAAACUAGCAGCUGAAGAUGAGAUCACAAUAAUAUUUGCAGUCGGAAAUGAUGUACAAAAUAUAUACGAGGCGUUAAGUCAAAGAAUAAGUGGCUCCAAAAUGACUACUUAUAAAGGAAGAGAAAUGGCUGUUAUAUUGAAAUCAAUCUACAAGCAAAUGAUUCGAAGCUUAAAGUUAAAAGUGCACAUGAAAAGCGAUCAACGUGACGAUUUACAAAUCUCAUUCAAUCCUGAUUGCUACAAACACAGUGAAAGUCGUAAUUGUCGUGUAAUGGGAAGCGAAGAAAAGAAAAUUACCGGCACGAUCAAACUCUUACGAUACUUCGACACGGAGAAUAUUAAUAUAGAUGUAGUAUUUGAAGGGAUAAAAGAGAAUUUGAAAAUAAACAUUAAUGUUUUGAGCUCUUGCGAUUGCGAGACAAAACAUAAUUCAUCGCUUUGUAAUUACGGCGGGACACGGCGAUGUGGUAUUUGUGAAUGCUACCAGGAUAGAUAUGGAGAUAAAUGCAGCAACCCGAAUGAUAAUUCAACCUGUAUAGCGCCUGAUGAUUCUGUGAUAUGUAGUGGGCACGGCUCUUGCAUACGUGGAAAAUGCUUGUGUAGAGACGGAUACGAACGUGAUUACUGCGAAUGCGUUCGAGAUAGCUGUUUGAAAGACGCUAAUGACAUUUUGUGCUCUUACCCCAAUGGAAAAUGCGACUGUGGCGUAUGCAAAUGUAGCCCAGGCUGGGUCGGGGAUGUGUGUGCUUGUCCAAAUGCAACAGACUGUACGGAUGGAAAUAACAUAUGCAACAAUCGCGGUAUAUGCGAAUGUGGUGCUUGUCAAUGCCAGGAUAUAGCCGACUGGGAUGCUAGAACUGUAAUUAGCAAGUAUUGUAAACUCACUUGUGGCGAAAAGUCUUGCCACGAACGUCAGUGUCUUAAUCUUGAACCGCUUGCGUUGUGCUAUUUACAAAAAACGUCUUGCAAGAGCUAUGAAAAUGUUAUAAUCACUACUGAAAAAAAUCUCACGGCGUAUAAUGAGAGCGACGACUGGUAUCAAUGCCCCAAGUUACGCAUUGAUGUCGGCUGUUAUACACGAUUUAUAUAUCGCUAUAGCAAAGACAAAUACGAACUUGAGCUCAAAAUUCAAUCGGAAUUCGAUUACGCUGAGACAUAUUACGUCAUUGGAGGGACAUGUUUAGCGCUGCUAAUUCUAAUUGGCCUAGCAACCAUCAUAGCUUGGAAGUACAUCACCGACAAACGGGACCGUCGGGAAUAUGAGCGUUUCGUCAAAGAAGCGACUGCUCAGCUAUCACCAUGUGACAAUCCUAUUUACGAGCCAGCAACAACAACGUUCCACAAUCCAGCGUUUAGAAAGAGAUCAUUCAUUUCAUAAUGUCCAAUUUAUAACAGUAGAGUAAAAUGGCCGAAAACGUCACGAAAGGAAAAGCGUAAUGAUUCUGCGAGGACUGACUCUUUUUAUUUCUUUCAAUUAUGUACAGUUUUAUUUUAAAC